CCCCCUCAGAUGUCCUUCCCUCAUUUGCCUCUUGUUUGGGGAGACUUUGUCAAUCUCACGGCGCUUUCUCGUGGAUUCAUAUCUUUGGAGACUUCUGGAGUAAGAGCCUGCUUACCUGUGGAGGGGAACAAAGGUGGGCAGACUGGAUCUCUGGACUCUUCCUGCUACAAUCAGAAGAGGCUCUCUUUUUUUUUUCUUCUUUUGUUUUUUGUCACGACAAACACUUGGUGGUAUUUGUUUGCGCAGUUUGUGCUCCGUUUUAUAAAUAGGAAAAGCAAGGAAAGUGUGAUGGUUUGGAAACUGCCGCCUUCCCUGAGGUUUACCUAACCCUCGCAUUAGUGGCAAGAACCAAGGAACCGCCUCCAGAUGUGUGAGAGAGAGCACCGCCUGACUUAUCUAGAAUGAACAUCGCCCUCCUCACACGCCAACACUUACUCUUUGCUCCCCUUGGCAUUGGCCAGGUUAAUGCUUAAUCCGAGCGCAGGCCUAUAAUUUCUAUGGCCAAGCCCUGUUUAUGAGGACGAGGUAAGGUGGACGCCUGCCGAUCAGUUGGCCCAGUCCACAGGUAGACGCGCUCAGAGACUCAUCUCCCGGCGUCGCGCAAAGGGACCUUCAGUGCUGGCCAAAGGAAGCUGCCACCAUGCCGGCAAAAUCCAAGUUAUCCAUAGGCCUCGCCGUCGCCUUCGCGGUCAUGACGGCCUGCGCCAUCGCUGGGAUGGUCACCAUGAUGAUUGCUUUCGAGAUUCAGUCUUCGAACCUGAACAUGACGGCUCCUCCAACCACGCUGCCCCCCACGCUGCCCCCGGAGCCAGACCUGCGGCUGCCGAGGUCCCUGAUUCCCGAAAGGUACAGCAUCCUCAUCCAGCCUCACCUCUACUCCAGGAUCGUGGAGGAGGUGAACGUGACGACGCCGAACCAGACGCUGGCCUUCACCGGGAACUCCACAGUGUAUUUCUUCUGCAACGUGCGGACAGAUAAAAUCUACCUCCACAGCGACGAGCUGAAGAUUUCUUCUCCGUUCGUGAGGAACCUAGACACCGGCAAGCAGAUGGCUGUCAACGGCGCCCUGCAAUACGAGGAGGGCGCCCAGUUCUUGGUGAUUGAGACGAAGGAGGUUUUUAUGCCAGGAGGGAACUACAGUUUGUUUCUGUCUUUUGAGGGGGACAUAUCCAACAAUCUUGAAGCACUGUAUGUGAGCAAAUAUACUGAAACCAACUGGGAGCAUGAAAAUGUAACCGUAGAGGACAGAUUCCUUGCAGCCACAAAUUUGGAGCCAACAAGUGCAAGGAGAUUAUUUCCAUGUUUCGACGAGCCGGACAUGAAGGCUGUUUUUGACUUGGUAGUCAUCCAUAGACGUGGUACAACAGCUCUGGCAAAUGCAGCAGAACAAAGUUCCUACAUUAUAGAUGAGGACUGGAAAUUCACCCGUUUUCAUCCGACACCGAAGAUGUCGACCUAUUUAUUUGCCUUUGUUGUCUCAGAGUUCGAAAAAACCACUUCCACAGAAAGUCGUGUGACUAUUAAUACCUUUGCCCGUCCUGAAGCCAUCGCAGCAGAGCACGCUAACUAUGCCACAAAAAUAACCGCAAAGAUCCUCGAGUUCUACGAAACGCAUUUUGAUCUGCGAUUUGGACUGAGCAAACUCGAUCAAAUUGCUCUGCCAGACUUGGAACCUUUAGCAAUGGAAAACUGGGGUCUGGUCACGUACCAGGAAGGAGCCUUGCUCUAUGAGGAAGGAGUGUCCUCAUGGCUGCACAAGGAAGUGAUCACUAGUAUUAUCGCUCAUGAGUUGGCACACCAGUGGUUUGGAAAUCAGGUGACGAUGAAAUGGUGGAAUGAAAUCUGGCUGAAUGAAGGGUUUGCCACCUAUAUGUCCUACCUUGCAGUGGACCAUGCUGAGCCAUCAUUUCAAAUAAAAGAGAUAUUAAUUAUAGAUGACCUCCACACCGCAUUUGAGCAGGAUGCACUUAAUACGUCCCAUCCUCUCAGCGAAUCGAUGGAGUAUGUGCAGGCACCUGGUGAAAUCAUUGGCAUGUUCGAUGCUGUGACAUACAGUAAGGGGGCCAUGGUGCUGAGAAUGCUGGCUGAGCAUGUGGGAGAAAAUGUGUUUGACAGCGGGAUCAGAACGUACCUGAAGACCUACAAAGGAGGAAAUGUAGAACAGAACAACCUGUGGGAGAUUAUCGAAAAUUCCCGCUAUGAAAAGAGCAUGUUCAGCGUUCCCAAUUUGAUGAAAUAUUGGACCACUCAACCCGGCUAUCCCGUCAUCACUAUCAACACCACCAACGGAGAGAUCUACCAGAAACGCUUCUUCUACAACAGCGCUGCUGAAUCCAGUCUGAACUGGCUCAUCCCGAUCACGUUUACAACGAAUAUCUCCAAACCUGCUUUUGUCUGGCUGGAUGUCAAAGGACCAGUGAAGAAAGAGGAAUUCAUUUCAAAGAAAGGAGAGUGGAUCCUGGUUAACGUCAACUGCACUGGAUACUUCAGAGUCAACUACAACCCGGAGAACUGGGAGCGCCUGCUGGAUCAGCUGCAAACGAACCCAGAUCUCAUCCCACUGAUGAACAGAGGGCAGCUCAUUGACGACGCCUUCAACUUGGCAAGAGCGAAACAGGUGAACGUGACUCUGGCUCUGAACUCAACCCGUUUCCUCCGUAAAGAGAGAGCGUUCCUCCCCUGGGAGUCAGCGGUCAGGAAUCUGGAGUACUUCUUCCUCAUGUUCGAUCGCUCUGAGGUGUACGGACCCAUGCAGCUUUACCUUCGACAUCAAGUAGAGGAGCUUUAUGACUUCUUCAGAAAUGACACGGACGAAUCAAUUGUCCCCAAGGAUCACUCAUCACAGCACACCCAGAUCACUGCCAUAGAGUUGGCCUGUUCCAACGGACUCCCUGACUGCAUAGAGAUGGCCACAACCAAGUUUGCCGCCUGGAUGGAAACGAACGAAACGAACAGCAUCCACCCCAACCUGCGGUCGGUAAUCUACUGCCAAGCUGUGGCUGCUGGCGGGAAGAAAGAGUGGGAGUUUGCCUGGGAAAAGUUUCUGAGCUCCGCCGACACGUCAGAGAAGGAGCAGCUCAGAGAAGCUCUGUCCUGCUCCAAGAAGACCUGGCUCCUCAACAGAUACCUGGAAUACACUUUGGACCCUGACAAGAUACGUCUGAUGGACGUCACUUCUACCAUCAACCUCGUGGCGGAAAACGCCGCGGGACAAGCGCUGGCCUGGAACUUCAUGAGAGCCCACUGGGAUUACGUCAGCCAGGGGAAUGCAGCUGCACUGGUUGAGGGAGUGACCAGGAGGUUCUCCACAGAGUUUGAGCUGCAGGAGCUGAGGCGCUUCAAGGAGGACAUGGGGAAGUACGGCCCCUCCAGAGCCGUAGAGCAGGCCAUCGAGCAAACCGAAGUGAACAUCCAGUGGGUCAAGGAGAACCGAGACGUCGUCCUGGAGUGGUUUGAAAAAGAGACGGCCCAUCUAGACUAAGCAAAGCUUCAGAUGUUCCAUGGACGGUUUUCCGGCUACUGUAAAAUCUGACGACGGAUAAAAAGGAAGGAUUUGACAGGCUUCAGUUAAUCAGACAGCAGUGGCACGAGGCGUAGCACAGACGACAGGAGAUGCGCCCCUGUUUGUGUAAAUAGUAAUGAACGUUAUUUAUAGUGUAUUCAAUGCAAACAGUAAAAACAUGAGAUUUUAUUCCCUCUUCUGAAUUCUGCAUGUGCCGCUCGAACAAAAACCCGCAGUAAAGAAGUCUUUAUAUUGGAUUUUGUGUCUAUGUUUCUGCAGCCGAUUUUUCUGAGAUAUAAUAAAUGUUUUGAUUGACUGGUGGUUGGAUAAUCAUUUUUACUGUCCUAAUACAAGGCUUUCAGUAAAAAAUAAAUAAAUGUUUAAAUUUA